AGAGAGGGCGGGACAGCGUGAGCGAGUGCGGCCGGAGCCCAAGGUCGGCUCCGCGGGGGGGGAGGGAAGGGGUGGGUCCUGUGACGUCAGCGAGUCCGAGCUGCCAGAGAGAAGCCUGGGGCCGGGGGCGCCGAGCGGGGAGAGCCCGGCCCCGAGAGCAGAGCCGCGGGAGCAGAGCGGGCGGGAACCGGCCGGGAGCCGGAGCCCCUCAGGCACCUGCUCGACCGCCCAGCCGAUCGGCGCUCACGGAGUGGCCCGCAGGCCCCCGCCCGGGCCCAGUCCCACCCCGGGCCCCCCCAUGGCCCGGGCCGCAGCCCUCUCGCCGUCGAGAUCGUCGCCGACGCUGCCACUCCUGCCGCUGCUGCUGCUGCUGCUGCUGCUGCUGCUGCUCCGGGAAACCGGAGCCCAGGAUGUGCAAGUUCGAGUGCCGCCCGAGGUGCGGGGCAACCUGGGGGGCACCGUGCAGCUACCGUGUCACCUGCUGCCGUCGGGACCGGACGUCAGAGUCUCGCAGGUGACGUGGCUGCACGUGGACGCAACCGGCACCAGCAGGAGCGUGGCCGCCUUCCACCCUUCGUACGGGCCCAGCUUCCGCAGCCCAAAGCCCGGCGAAGAGCGGCUGUCCUUCGUCACCGCCGGGCAGAGCAGCGGGACCAGGCAGGGCACGGAGACGGAGCUGCGGGAUGCCACGCUGGCCCUCCGGGGACUGACGGUGGAGGAUGAGGGCAACUAUACCUGCGAAUUUGCCACGUUCCCCAGUGGCACCAGCCGGGGGACGACCUGGCUCCGGGCCAUAGCACAGCCCCAGAACCACGCCGAAACACAGGAGGUCACCCUGAGCUUGGAACCUGUGCCCGUCGCCCGCUGUGUCUCCGAGGGGGGCCGGCCACCCGCCCGAAUCUCCUGGUUCUCGCCCCUGGACGGGGAGGCCAGAGAGAGCCAGGUGUCCGGACCUGUGCCCGGCACAGUUACCGUCACCAGCCGCUUCACCUUGGUGCCCCUGAGUCGAGCGGAUGGUGUCAAGGUCACCUGCAAAGUGGAGCAUGAGAGCUUUGAGGAGCCCAUCUUGCUGCCCGUUACCCUCUCCGUGCGCUACCCCCCUGAGGUCUCCAUUUCCGGCUAUGAUGACAACUGGUACCUCGGCCGCAGCGAGGCCACCCUGAACUGUGAUGUCCGCAGCAAACCAGAGCCCACAGGCUACGACUGGAGCACGACCGCAGGCAUCUUCCCAGCUUCCGCAGUAGCCCAGGGCCCCCAGCUGAUCAUCCACUCGGUGGACAAACUCGUCAACACCACGUUCAUCUGCACCGUCACCAACGCCGUGGGCACGGGUCGUGCUGAGCAGGUGGUCCUCGUCCGAGGGAGACCCGAUCGCACAGACGUGCCGGCAGCGGGGAGAGCCCUGCGGACGGCGACAGUUUCCACACGCGGAAACCAUCCCUCACACAGAUGCUAAGGGAGAAACUCAAAGACGUUCUCAGAGGUGCACGCCCUCAGACAGUCCCCCGAAACCCCGUUGCUUUCAACACAUCGUCAUCUGACAAAUAUUUGUCGAGGGCUCCUCUUUGCCAAGCCGUCUCCUUGAUGUCGGGAACACGGUGGCGAACAGAGAGGCUAGUCCCUGCCGUCGAAGGCACACCCCGGGGAGGGAGGGUCAGCCCCACCUGCCAUCCAGCAAGAUGCCCAACUGGAAAUACAUCCCCUGAACCCGUGCCCCAGGUACACACCCUCUUGGGUGUCCGCCCUCAGUCGGUAGGCACCCCCAAGGGGUAGAGCCCCGCAAAGCACAGGUGCAGUCUUGCCUGAGGGUCAUCCAAGGGAUCCACAACCACGAAAACACGGACACCCCCUAAGACUCCUGAAACACACAGAAACGGUCACAGACACAUGGUGUGGGGUUCCCGUUAGCGCAGCCGUGGGCCCACAGGCCGUGCCACAGGCUAGACCUCGCCUCAGGGCGACUGGAGAACUUUUGACCCACCGACUUCACGAACACGCCCGCCGUCUCCAAAAUACCACCUCCAGGAGCACAGAUAAACAUUCCAGCAUGGGCUAAAGCAGGUUCCCAGACAUUAACUGAUAAGCGUCCGCAGCAAGAAAACUGUUCCACGCCUCUCACCCGUGCACAGGUACAGACACACAUUUCCAGAAAAACCGGUUCACAAAAUACCGCUUGACCUUCACACUGCGGACACACUUUUUCUGGUCUGCUUUUUAUUAUUAUAAAUAAUAAUAAUAUUUCUUGCGAGUCACUAAAGUGAGGUGACAGCCCUCUGGGUCGUGGCUCUAUUUGAAAAUGCCACUCUGAAAAGAAACACCUGGAGAAGCAGGUGCCCUCAGGAGCGUGGGUCCCAGCCUCUCCUGUGUGCAGGGUGUGGGGAGGAGGGGCUCAGGUUUAAGUGGAUCCCCCUCCCCCUGGUUUCUCCCCAUCAGGCCUGGCAUGCAGGGGUGGGGCAAGGGGUGUGUAGAAAAUGGUUCCUGGUUCCAGCUGCAUCAAUGUCUCUCCCUGAUGUGGGGCCCAGGGUCCCCUCCCUCAUCUCUCCCGCCCCCACCCUUAGCACUCCCUGGCUUCCUUCUCCACCUCCCUCAGACCCCUCUCCUCCCAGCUGCUGGGCCACUGAUGGGGACAGGGGGCUUCAUGGCUCCAUUUUCCACACAUGGCCAGACAGGAGGCAGGCCAUGUUGCCUGGACCAGGUGCCCCACAGCCACUUCCAAGGGGAGGGAACUAUCAGGAGAAACCUCACCCUUCUCGUCCCCUUCUGUCCAGCCCAGAGAGCUCUGGAAUCUGUGACAGUCUCGAACCCAAAUCCAGCUCUGCCUCUUGAUGGCUGGAUCCACCCAAGAUUCUGUGACUCGAACAUCAGAGCCUUUGUGAGGACCCCACGGCCUGUCCCAAGCGGGUCACAAACUCGGACACCUACGGGGUCCUCGCAAGUGACCGGCUGGCCAAAUGCGGAACCCUGUUCCGAUAUGAGCAGCCAGCCUUCACUCAGCCACUGCCCAUCACCAGGGGCAGAUGAGAGAUUGGUGUCACCAUCAGUUUGAUUUUCUUUUUCCCUAAAAGAAAUCGGGAUUUCUGGUGAGAUAGCCUGGUUUUGAAAUGUUAGCGAGUUUAAUUUUUUUUUUCAGUUUAUUUAUUUAUUUAUUUUGAGAGGGUGUGGGUUGCUGAAGGGGCAGAGAGGCAGAGACAGAACCCCAAGCCCCGACGUGGGGCUCGAACCCACGAACUGUGAGAUCACGACCUGGGCGAAAUCAAGAGUCGGAAACUCAACCGGCUGAGCCACCCAGGCGCCCCCAGCAAGUGUUAAGUUUUGAAAAACCCUGUGCAGGUAUAAGGAACCACAUCUGGCCAACGCCCACUCUGUCCAAGGUGCCCCCACUUGUCCAAGGUGCCCGCCGCUUAGCGCGGUCUCCCUUCCCUCCGCCUCCCCCACCUUCUGCCCACACCCCGAAUCACAUCCUGGAUUUUCCCAUCACUGUCCCUGUCGUGUCCUGUGCCCCGCCCCCCAGAUGUGUCCUCUUGACCUCUUGUCUCCCUUUCUGUCUCUCGCCCCUCCUUCUCUCU